UUCGUUAUCUGCCUCAAGCUUGCAGCUAGCACCGAGGCAAAACUUCGCAGCCCGGAUUACAAGGCAAUGCGCAAAGGAAGAAGCUGCUUAUACUUGAUCAGUAACAAGACCAAGGCUGUCUGUUCUUGUAGGAGAAAUCAUUCCAAGGACUUCCACUAUCUGAUGGGAUGCAGGAAAGAUAGCAAAGACAGAUCAAUAUAAUUUGACGAGCCUCAUUCACCAUUGGUAUCCAUCACCAUGAAACCAUCAAGCACCAUCACACAUUGAAAAUAAUCAAGCAUUCCACAGGUGAUUAAUUUCAAUGCUUGCACUUGUUGGAGCAAGGGAAGCCCUUGUUCAAGCACAGACGUGCCACCGUGGUAUAAUGCCGCUCAAGUCUCUGGCCAGGCCAAGGCUUUCUCCAGUUACCAUGACCGAAAAAGAAACCAAUACACACGACGGUCUAAUACCCGGUUUGCCGGAAGACAUGGCGAAGAUAUGCCUCGCUCUCGUCCCUCGGAGACACUUCCCUGCCAUGGGUGCAGUGUCCAGGAGGUGGAUGUCAUACAUCGGCAGUAGAGAGUUCAGUGCUGUCAGGAAGGAGGUUAGGAAGAUUGAAGAGUUGGUCUAUGUGCUUGCUGCUGAAGCUGGAGAAAAAGGGUGUCGCUGGGAGGUCUUGGGGGAGCGCAAAAACAGUGCAAUUCCCCCUAUGCCUGGGCUGGCCAAAGUUGGGUUCGGUGUGGUGGUUCUUUAUGGGAAGUUGUGUGUCAUUGCUGGCUAUGCUGCUCUUCAUGGGAAGGACUCUGUUUCUGACGAGGUUUACCAGUAUGAUGCUCGGCUUAACAGUGCUCUUAUGAAUGUUCAUAUGCAUCGGUGGGGCGCACUUGCCAAGAUGAAUGUUGCGCGUCGCGACUUCGCCUGCGCCGAGGUCGACGGCACGAUAUACGCUGCCGGUGGAUUCGGCUGCAGCGGCCACAGUCUGUCCAGCGUGGAAGCAUACGAUCCGCAGCAAAACAGAUGGAGGCUGAUCGACGGCCUCCGCAGGCCAAGGUGGGGCUGCUUCGCAUGUGGGUUGGACAGCAAGCUGUACAUAAUGGGCGGCCGCUCGAGCUUCACGAUCGGCAACUCCCGCUUCGUCGACGUCUACGAUCCCGGCCGCGACCGCUGGGAGGAGAUCAAGAGAGGCUGCGUCAUGGCCACCUCGCACGCGGUUGUCGGCGAGACCUUGUUCUGCGUCGAGUGGAAGAACCAGCGCUGCCUCUCGGCGUUCAGCCCUUCGGACGGUUCUUGGAAGAAGAUUCCGGUGCCGCUCACCGGCAGUUCAAGCACCAGGUUCUGCCUUGGGGCGCGCGGCGGGAAGCUGCUGCUGCUGUCGCAGGAGGAAGAGGGUGGGUAUCAGACGAUGACGUACGAUCCGGCUGCGGCGCCGGGUUCUGAGUGGGGGACGUCGGAGCUGAAACCGUCGGGGUUGUGCCUGUGCAGUGUGACCAUUCAGGUUUGAUGGUUCGCCGAGGCCUAUAGUUUUUUUUUUCGAUUAUUAGGGGCCUACAGCUUCUUUGGCCUAGAUUGGCUUGUAUAUAUCCACGUGUUCUACUGCCUGCCUAUCUGUUCAUCUGGUCCAUUUAGUUAAAACUGGUGUGCAUAUGGAAGUGCCGGAUACAUGCUUGUUUCCAACUCGUGGUUAAUCCGUUCCUU